CACUCGCCCCUCCCGGACACCGCACCCCCUCGCUGCCCCCGGCUGCCCACCCAUCCCGACAGGGCGGCGCGUCCCUCCCGGUGGCCCGACUCGAAAGCGAAAGCGAAACCUCCCGGACCACACCGGGACGGCGACAGCGCCAGGGAAGCGCCACGGAACUCCCGCUGGAGCCCGAUCUGCCCCCGGGCCGCCCCCAUGGCACCGCGGCUGCUGCCGCUGCUCUGCGGGACCGCCGCUCUCCUGCUGCUCCGCGCCGCCGCCGACACCGCUCACUGCAGCCGCCCCAAGGCCGUGGCCAACGCUCGCAUCGACGCCGGGAAUCGCACGGAGCUGAAUUCCCGCCUGCGCUACUCCUGCAACCCCGGCUACAAACGGAAAGCUGGAACCUCCAGCCUCAUCCAGUGCAUCCUCUGGAACGGCUCCGAGCCCCGCUGGACCGACCCCACGCUCCAGUGCAUCCGAGAUCCGGCUCUUUCCUGGAAAACCCCCGGCCUGGAGAGCACGACCCAGAGGGCAGGUACCACUGGUGCCAGCCCCAAUUCCAGCCCUUCUCCAGCUUCCAGUCAGUCACCUGUGCCACCAGCACCUGAUGGGCUGUCACCAGAUGGACCCAGGCCACCGGAAACGAUUCCAACACUGGACACAUCCACGCUGGGAGAGGGGACAACCGCGCCGCCCAUCCCGCCCACGGAUUAUGCCGCAGUUUCCAUCCAGUCUGUGGCCUCUUCUGUUGGACUCCUGGUGCUGCUGGCCAUCGGAAUUGCGGCCGUCUACUGCUGGAGGAGGAGGAGGAGGAGGAGGAGGAAAUUCACCAGGCAGGGCUACACGGUGACGGAGACAGACAUUCCCAUGGAGGGAAUUCCCUCUGGGAAUGAGGAGGUGGCACCUCCUGUCAUUGUCCCCACGGGCUGAGCACCCACCCUGGGGACACUGGGCGCACCCACCAUCCCGAGGGAUGCCGGAGGAUGGAAUUCUGGAUGCUUCCCUGAGGGGUGGCACAGCACACGGAGCAGCCGGGGAUGCGUGGCUGCUCUUCCUGGCCUGAACAUGGAUGAUUCCCAUGGAUCAUCCCAAAGCCACUGAGCCAGAGCCAAAGGUGGUGGGACCAUCCCACCCCCACACAGCUCAGGGAUCCUUUGGAAGCGCUUCCAGCUCCGAUCCCAGCUCUGGAUCCUGAUCCCCACUGGCUCCCAGGGAAUCCAAGCUGGAGCAGUCUCUCUACAGACACCAUCAAGGACCAAAUAACACAAUUUAGGGAAUAUUUUCCUUUGUGUGUUUUCCCU